GAUAUAGUAGCGCGUCGACCUACGUCAAGACGUUACGUGGGGUUACGUUGUUGCGUCGAUCGCUUCGUCAGAUCUUUUUUUUUUCGGAGGAAAACAAAGCCAGUUAACAAUUUGAGUCGCAAGAUAGGUGUCGAGAAUUUGUGUCGUCGCAUUCAACACCGAGCGAAGACGGAAAAAUCGAACGGAUACGAUUUGAAGAUCAGAUCUCACUCCUAAUGAUACAUCACCACUGAUAUUUCUUCCAGUAAGUAUGCUAUGUGUCUGUCACCCUUAAAUAAAGUACUUCUUAAGGAUGGCUAGCUGCGGUGAGGUAGACCACUCAGUGAGUUCGCUUCCAUCCAGUAAAAAAGUCAACAACAGUGGAAGUGGGAACAGCGCAGAGUCAUCAUGUUCUGGCUCCAGCGGCUCAUCUCCAGCCCUGCCAGUACCAGAGUGUGCCAUCUGUCUGCAAAGCUGCGUCCACCCUGUGCAGCUGCCAUGCCGUCAUGUCUUCUGCUUCCUGUGCGUGAAGGGAGCGUCCUGGCAGAGCAAGCGCUGCGCCCUGUGUAGACAAGAAGUCCCAGAAGACUUCCUGGAGAGACCCACACUUCUCUCCCCAGAGGAGUUGAAGGCAUCAGCGGGGGGUCGUGGAGGGGCAGCAGGUGAUCACGCCUGGUACUAUGAGGGGCGUAAUGGCUGGUGGCAGUAUGAUGAGCGGACCAGCCGUGAGUUGGAGGAUGCCUUCUCCAAAGGCAAGAAGACAGCUGAGAUGCUGAUUGCCGGCUUUUUGUACGUGGCCGACCUGGAGAACAUGGUUCAGUAUCGGCGCAACGAGCAUGGCCGUAGACGCAAGAUGAAGCGGGACAUUGUUGAUAUCCCCAAAAAGGGGGUGGCAGGACUGCGUUUGGAUACUGAGGGUGGUGCUGGGGCAGUUGGGACUGCAAGUCGUGAGAACUCUGCUGACGGAGCUUAUACCACAGUAGCUGGUGGGCCACAGCAGGUCAUGGGUCUUUCCUCUACUAUCACAGCCCCUCCAGCGACUGCCAGACCCCCUACCUCUCUUGGGGGGCAGCCUGGUAGCAGUAGCAGCGCCUCUCUGGAAGAUGCUCUCUCCCAGCUGCAAAUCAGCCCCAGGCCAACACCUUCCCAGGAAAGGUCUGAGGCAGUGGAAGGAGAGGAGGAGGAAGAGGAGGAGGCCUCACCCUCCAGGUCCUCUGAACCUCACACCUCUGUGGACGAGUCCGGUUCCGGAGACUGGAGUGAUGAUGAAGAAGAGGAGGAUGAAGAGGAAGAGGGGGGAGAUGUGGAACCCUGGGAGGAGAGACCAAGGAGGCAAAGACUGAACCCAGAGGACAGGGUCCCUCCUGGAGCAGAGUCCUCUGCCUCAACCCCCUCUUCAUCCAGUAGCAAUGGAAGGUCCAGAAUGCCUGAUGGCCAGUGUACAGUGACUGAAGUGUGAAAUCAAUUUAUCAUCAACACAUGGCUAUGUUCAGUUCCAUUAAUUUAUUCCUUACCAUAUGGCCCUUGUUUACUCCCUGUCACAGAUCUGAUGUGGGCGAAUUACGUGGUAGAGGGAGAAAUAAGGCAUUACGCUGACUUACAUAUAUAACCCUUUAUUUAUUUGAGUGACAAAGAAGCUUUUUGUAGUCAAGCUUUGUGCUUCUCUGUUUAGUUCAAAAUAACUUAUCAAAACAUAAAUUUUUGCCUGGAAAUUUGGUAAAUGAACUCCCAUAUUGGUGUUUUUAGCCAGCCAUUACAGUUUUGACUGGGUUUAAAAAAACAUGCUUGUAUUGUAUUGACAAGGUUGUAAAUCUUUGCAAAAAAAAAACGGUGCUACAAGACAUAAGUGUAAAACUUGGACUUGGGAUUCUCAAGUCACCAUUCAACACAAGGAACAAAGCUUGGUGCUGCAGGCUUGCAAUGUAUAGGAGGCAGAUGUGAUGCUGGUCUGGCUGUCUUGAGCAAAUACAUUGCAGGUAUGUUAAGUUUGUAUUUUCAGACUGCAGGGAGCAUCUAAGUCUUUUUAUUUGAUUAAAUGAGUCUAGUGCACAGAAGGCUGCUAAAAGUGUCAGAUCUGUGACAUGUAGUGACAGAAGCCACAUAAAGGGGAGUUUCUUUCUGAAAUGAAUUUCAAGUCAUAGAUGUAACCAUGAAUGUCUGCUCUGAUCUACUACAGAUGAACUUUCUGCUAACAGCACUCAGAAACCGGCUCACAUGACUACUGUCUUCAAAGACCCCUAAUUUCACCCAUGAUUACCCCCCCCGACCACCACCACUACUACCACAUCACUUAAAGAUAAAACGUUGUUUUAGAUUUUACAAAUGAUGUGCUUUUGUUUCUUUUAACUGUUGGCCUUAAAAUGUAUAAAUAACAGGCCGAAGUGGACUGGAAAUUAUAUCUGGACAUUUUAUGUCCCAUGAAGAAAGGAACUGAGAAGGAUUAGCUAAUGAAUCUCAUACAAGCAGGAUUUUAAUUGAAAUGGUCCUGGUCCCAUGUAAAAGUUUAAUUCAGGGGUAUGUUUUUUUUUAAAAUAUUUUUCAAUGCAUUCCUCUUAACAAGAGAUCAUAAUCAUUGGCUGCUGAUUUAUAUUUUGUGUUAGAUUUGAUUUGAUUUAACCUGCAACUGUUUUGAGUGUCUGAUAAAAUCUAUUUUUAAGCCGCUGAGGCCUCUCUAACCUCUUAAGUAUCUUAUUAUCCCUGACUAAAAUCUUCUUUGGUAUGUUUCUAAAAGUAAAAAUGAGGAUCUUUCACACUACCCACAUGAAAGGUUAUUCUGUCAUAAUUUGUGCAUGUGUUUGAAGAGAAGGUUAAUAAAACUACUCGCCGGGAGACAAAUUUUGAGUUGAUAUUCUGUUUAGUUUGAUUUUUUUUAUGGCUUUUUUUCUAUGGCUGUAAAUCCUGUUGUAUGUUUGAGGCAGAAUAAAAGCUCACGAAGAAGCCAUUACGAGUGGCUGCCUACUGCAGUAAUUUUAAGUUUUAAAUGUUGUUUGUUUUACCUGCUUACAUCAUUUCAUCAAGCAGUUGAGUUCUCGACACUCAUUUUGAAGAAAUAAAGUUAACCAUACUUUCUGUAACAGUUUAUGCAUUGCUGUCUUUUCGUUACAUGGUUUGUAAUUUAAGAAUAAAUUGUGUCAUUUUGUCAUC